CUUAAGUUUUGUGCGUGUACUGACAUGGUCAGAUAUAUUUCGUUGUAGUAUGCAAUUGAUGUUUUCAUUGAUAAUAAGAAUAAAAUAAAUCAUAUAUAUGCAUAUAGUUAUUGCAUGUUAUUAAAGCAUGUGUUGUACUCGUAAACAAGUAGCAUAUAAAUCUAUUUCAAUCGAUGUUUCAACAUUCCUAUAUACAACACUAACCCUAAUUUUCUUCUAUCUAGAUAGAAUUCUACAGAACAGCUGUUCUGUAGAAUUAAUACAAAAGAGUAGGAAUGUAAUUCUCAUUACUCAAAACACAAUAAAAUAUAUCUUUUAUUAUAUUGUAUUUAUAUACAUAUUUAUUUUGAUUUGCAUUACGGGAAGAUGGAUUUUCUGAAAUAUAUCGAUAAACCGGAACUUAUUAAUCAAAACGUCGUCAGACAUUUCGGAAGACCGGAAAUAAAAAACCAUAGAAUAUAUCAACUUAUAUUAAGAAGUACUGACGGGAAGAGCAUCAUUCUAUAUUAUUUGAAGAAAGAGAGAUUAAAAAAAAAUCUCAGAAAUUUACUUUCUCGCAUCGUUGUUGGAGAUGAAAAGGAUCGUCAAUUUGAACGUGUGCACCGAGAUCCAGAAAUACAAGAAACAUUUUCAUUUUCAAUAAAAGGCGAAACAUUUGCUCAGUGGUCAGAAGAAAUUGCUUUAAUAUUUCCGAGUGAGUCCAAAUUUAUAUAUUAUUCACCAUAUGAUUCUGCAUGUGUAAGAAUUGUGAAUCCAGAUGGUACGAUAACCAAUCGGAGAAGAAAAAGGAAUAGAAAGGGCACCCUUGUUGAACAUUUUGAAUAUUUAAAAGAUAAAUUACGGACUCAAGGAUUAUUGACUGCCACGCAAAGAGAAUCAGUACCUGAAGUUUUGGCAGCCACUGAUGAGGAACAAGCAGCAGCUGAGUGGCUUGCCACGAAUAUAGGUCCACCGGAUUCUGUGAAAGAACAUUGGAUAAAAUCAUAUCCUGUUCGAAAAACACGGUUGAACCAAAAUUGUACAGUCCACGACUAUUUUGCAGAGCUUCCAGCUCUAAAAGGAGGACAGGGCCCAGAAUUGGUGGCUCUUGAUUUUCAACGGCUGUAUCCCGAUCGCGAAGAUUCAUUAUUUGAAAGGUGGGACGUCGCUAGAACUGUCAUCAUAAACAGUCUUGAAGAUUGCAGAGCGCUCAAUGGCGACGAUUUAGGAUUUUUUAAAGCGCUUCCAUCCCUUGCACAACAUAACAAGGACGCAGUUUUACUAUAUCUGCUACCAUACAUUAUAAAACCAUCUAGGAAGCAUAUUGGGGCUGAGAAAUUGCUCUCGAUCAGAGAAAAACAAGAAAGUUUUUUUAUUCAUGUUCAGACGGCAGCAGACAUCGAUGCAGCUCUAGAUAACCAGCGACAAAUUUGUAACAACUCCAACACAACGCUUCAGCCAAUUCCAAUCUUCGUGGGACCUUUAGUAAAUUUAAAAAGUUUUUAUAUUUAUAUCAAUGAUUGUAUAAAAAAUCCUACAAUCUACCAAUGUCAAACAGUGUUACACACCAUUGAUUUGACCGUUAGAAUAUUUUAUGCGUUAUAUUGUGAAUUUCCUGCUAGGGUGUACUCGAUUUGGACAUUUAUUAAAAAAGCGUUAUAUAAUAUUAAUUCACCGAUAGAUAAUUGUAGCCGAGAGACUGUUGCUAUUAUAGGCCAAAUUUCUCAACAGAUUCUUAACGAAAACCGUAAUCCGAAUAUCGUUUGAUAAAAUGGUGUUUACUUGUAAA